AUGGAUGACGAUAUAGAAAUGAAUGAUGAUGAGUUUUUCGAUUAUGAUCAUACGUUUUUUGAUCGUCGUCCUUUUCCUGACGGUUGCCAAAAUGAAGCUGUUGGUAUUGAAUCUUUUUAUUUAUGUUUUACAAGACGUUACAGUACUUGUCCAGUAUUUUUCAUGGGAUCUCUUCAAGAGUCAUGUCAAGAAGCUUUCAGUUCAACAGUAAUUAAAGAAGUUCGUACACCUUAG